CUGGCGCCGCUCUCCGGGUCCUUGGUGCCGCUGAAGUAGGCGAAGAUGACCCGGCCGCGCUGCCGCUGGCGCUCCCGCAGAGCGCGCUCGAACUCGGCGUAGCCGUGCACGGAGACCUCCUCCCAGCCGCCCAUGGCGAGAGUCUGCUGGGGAGCGAGAGAGGGCGGAAGCGGGAAGAUAGGGAGGGAGAAAGCGGGCGGGCCCUGCCCCACCCCGCCCACCCAGCGACGGCUGCCGCGUGGGGACAAGGGAGCGCAGAGCCUGCUUCGAACGGAAUUGGACCCCGCCGGCCCCCGUACUCCGCGGUCCGUUUCCCGGCGUCCUUCGCAGUGUGUGGUUGCCAAGGAAACCGCGACGAGGAGGCCGAAGCGGCUCCUCGUCUUCCUCCUCUAGCGGGCUUUUCCUCCGGCGGGGGGAUUCCGCCUCGUCCCUCGCGGGGAGGGGGAAAGGCAGGCUGGCUCGCCGCGGAGCUCUCUGGUAAGUGUCGGGCUAAGCAAGGGAAGAGACGCACGGCGAAGGCAAGCAGAGUGACUGCUCCUGCGCAUGGAGGCUCUGCUUGGCCCCAACCAUCGCCGCCAGCCCUCCAGACGCUGUUGCUGGAUUUACACCCCGCCUUUCGUCCCAGGAGCCCAAAGGACCUUCGUGGUGCUCCCCUUCCCCGUCUUAUCCUCACAACGACCCUGUAAGUAUUUCAGCAGCAUCCCCACAGAUGACGGGAGAUCUCCACUUGGUCCAGUGUGAUGGGCCCAAGGAAGCCAGUUGCGGUUGGCAUGCCUUUGAAAUCCCAUCCGCAGCUGGACAAAAGUGAUGGGAAGGCUCCUCAGAGCCAGACGCAGCUCCAUUUCAGCCGGCAUGCUCCUGCUCUGCCAGAUAAUUUGGUGGUCCGAUACUGCAGCCCCCGCCCAAUCGUCAUAGAAAAGCUGGUGCAGCCGGAGGCUCAACGGGACGAAGGAGCUGGUGACGGCCUUGACCUGCAAAGCUCUGUGGAGUUUUCUGUUGUAUCGGAAGAGAAGCUCAACUUGGCCGUUCAGCUGGCCAGAAGGGAUGUGAAGCGAAAGCACUUGGAAGAGCGGGUGAGGCGGCAUCUCUCUGAGAGGGAGAAAGGCCCAGCCACAUGCCCUCGGGGCAAAGAGUCUGCCAGAGUCACAUCCGUAUCCUCCCUGAAGUAUGGAGGCCAGCUGGGCCGCUGCUCCAAGGUGGAGACAACUGGCUCUGGAGCAAGAGUCUACCUCUAUACACCAUCUCAGGUCAAGUCGGAGCCUUCUCUCUGUGACUCGCCACCCACCCACGACCCGGGACCGGGACCCGCCCCAGCCCUCAAAAAGGAGGAAGACAGAAGCACCCUGGAGGUGAGGCGUCUGCAAAAGGAGCUUCAGAACUACAUCCGGAAAAUUGAAGAGCUGGUAAAAAAAGAGAAGAGUGAGGAGAUCUUGGAUCCCGAUGAAGAGCGCCGCGUCUGCAUCCGCAGGCAGGAGCAGGCUGUGCGCUCUGCCCGGAUGCUGUACGUGCUUCAGCAACAGGUAAAAGAAAUCCAGGAAGAUCUGGAGAAGCUGAGCCCUCGUAAAAUCAAGCACACAAAGAAGUCGCGAGCCAUGGCCAGGCUGGCAGCAGCCCACAGAGGAGCCAUCCGGGCCCUGCAGGUGUUUGCCACUCACUUUGCUGACCAGCCAGAGCAGCAGCCCAUCCCGGCCCACUGCAAGGAGCUGGGCAACCUUAUCCGGCAGCUCUCCCUCUGCUCUGCCCAGCUUGAGAUGGACUCCUCCAUCCCCGACGUCGUCAUUGACCUCCUGCUGCAAGUGGAGGAUUUGGACUCUCUGCUGUCCAGAAAGGAGUCUCCCAAGAGAGGGCAGAAGUGUCUCUCCGCAUCUCAAGCUGCCCUCGUGAUGGAGGCGAGCAGAUUGCCAAAGAGGGAGAAGAAGGCUUGUGCACUGGAGCCAUGGAGGCCACCGGUAGCCAGGAGGCUCCUCCCUGAUGACCCUCCGGAGCUGGAUGAGACCCUGGCACCAGACAAGCACAGCAGUUCCUGCAACACGACAGCCCAGGAGGGCCUGCUUGCUCCAGAGCAAGAGGCAACUGUGCAAGCCAAGUGGGAGGCAGCCUUGGGGCAACCCAGGAGCGUGAAAGCUGGCCCAGGCCCUGAGGGGGGCGCCCUUCGGAAGAGAGGAGUAUUGGCUCCCACCAGACCACAGGGAACUGGUCGACCUCCCAGAACAAAAGCUGUGCAGCUUCCAGCCAAACAGGCCCGCUUCCAAGAGCCCACCAUCUCCUUCCGGCUCAAGGAGACGAAGCCACCUGUUCGAGAGAGCAGGGCCCCGUGGAUGCCCCCCAGCCUCGCCUCCCCCCUCACCUCGCCUCAGCGGGAUGAUGCUGCCCCUCCAGCCCCGAUAGCGGAGAUGGUCGAGCAAGCCGUCCGGGAGCGGCUGGAGCCCCUCUUGGCAAAAGCACAGGCUGCCGCUGUUGCUGCUGCCGCUGAUGUCCCAAAUAAAGAUAUGUUGGACUUUGCUCUGGAGCAGCAGCACAAGGAAUUUGAGCGCGAGGCUCUCGCCACACCCGGCAACUCUGACCUGGAGGCGAUGCUGCGAAGGCUGGAGGAAAUUGAGCGCUCCCAAGAGGCUGUGCGCAGACGGUACAACCGGAUCACUUACUCUGAUCCUGAAUUCUGGGCCCAGGAAGAGAGAUGGGAGAGAGAGAAUGCAGCAGGAGCAGCAGCAGGCAGCCAAGGGCCUGGGUGGGCUCCCCAUCCCAUCCAGAUGACCAAGCAGGAGAGUCACAAAGAGCCACAAGCGGACAUUGUCUUGGAAAGACCCCUGGACACCAAUGCUGCUGAGGAGGAGGAUGUGGGGACUGAGGAGGUGCUGCUAGAGUCCAGGGACGGGACGCAGCAGCCUUCGCCGUGGCACGCUGCCCCCCCGAAGGAGGCUGGCAUCUUCCUCUCUGUUCCCAAGAGCAUGCUCCAAAGCAUCCGUGAUUAUGGCACCCGCUACGAGCAGCACCUCAAGUGCAUUUCCCACGAGGAGGUGGGGAACUUCAACCCAUGGCAGAUCGCGGAGAGCCUGGCAGAGGAGCUGACGGAGGAAGCCCUGGCGGACGUAGCAACGGAGCUCCAGGGCCUGUGUGAGGAUUAUGCGGAAGCCGUCUUCACCUCGGAGUUCUUGCAGGCGGCUGAGUAAGCACCGCCGCCGCCUCCUCCUGCUCAUGCUCAUGCUUCAGGCCAGCAGGUCCCCCCAGGAAAGACUUUGUGGGGGUGGGCUGGAGGGGUCUUAAAGUGGGUUACAUCCCAGGGAUGGUGUCUGCCUGUUCUAGCUGCGCUUGCCAUGUUGGGGAAGGGGGUUGGGGAGAGCGCAAUGCAGGCUAAGCGAAGUGAAGGAUGUCGGGUGUGUUCUGAUUAGCGGAGACUCCAGCCGAAACCAGCCAUCCUAGGCUGCCUCCCCUCCUUGCUCUCCUCCCAGCCCUGCUUAACCCGCCUUCCAGGCAUGGCCUCCUUGAAAUGCAGAGGUGGUUCCUGGGAUGGCAGACAGUCCCCUCACGGCCAGCAGGUCUUCCCUGGUUCGUGACGCCUUCAGGGUUUCCACCUGCUCAACAGCAGGGCUGCCUUUGCCCAUCAUGUUUGGGUUCCCCUGGGAUGUUCUGGUUGGCCCAGGGAGCCCUCCACUUUCUGGCCACACAACAGCUGCUGUGUGCUGCCGUGGCGCUGGCUUCAGCCAUGGAGCAACCUCUCGGCAUCUCUUACUUGGUGUGUACCAUUUGCCCCGUGAGCCAUGUGCAGGGCUCUGGGUGAGAGAGGCAUCCCCGUGAGGGAGGCCUUGAAGGCCCUCCCUCCCUCCCUCCCAUUGGACUGGCUUCCUCUCCUCUGUGGCCUGCCUGCUGUCUUGCCAUCCAGGAGGAAAGGGGAUGCUCUGCAGGACCAGCCGCCCCUCUGAACUCUCUCUGUCUCUGGGGGCCCCAAGGUCCAUUUCUCAGGCUAAGAUUCUGGUUCGCUGUAAUAACUUCUUUAAAAUAAAGUAAAAAAUUAAAUCUUA